GGCGGCGGCGGCGCCGAGGACGCGGCCAGGCCGGCGGCGGCCUGCGAGGGAAGUUUCCUGCCGGCCUGGGUGAGCGGCGUGCCCCGCGAGCGGCUCCGCGACUUCCAGCACCACAAGCGCGUGGGCAACUACCUCAUCGGCAGCAGGAAGCUGGGCGAGGGCUCCUUCGCCAAGGUGCGCGAGGGGCUGCACGUGCUGACCGGAGAGAAGGUGGCCAUAAAAGUCAUCGACAAGAAGAGAGCCAAAAAAGACACGUAUGUCACCAAGAACCUUCGGCGAGAGGGGCAGAUCCAGCAGAUGAUCCGCCACCCCAACAUCACCCAGCUCCUCGAUAUCUUAGAGACGGAGAACAGUUACUAUCUGGUCAUGGAGCUGUGUCCCGGGGGCAACCUCAUGCACAAGAUCUACGAGAAGAAGCGGCUGGAGGAACCUGAAGCCCGCCGAUACAUCAGGCAGCUGAUCUCUGCGGUGGAGCAUCUGCACCGGGCCGGGGUGGUCCACAGAGACUUGAAGAUAGAAAAUUUGCUACUAGAUGAAGACAAUAAUAUCAAGCUGAUUGACUUUGGUUUGAGCAACUGCGCGGGGAUCCUGGGCCACUCCGACCCGUUCAGCACGCAGUGUGGCAGCCCUGCCUACGCGGCACCCGAGCUUCUUGCCAGGAAGAAAUAUGGCCCCAAAAUCGAUGUCUGGUCCAUAGGUGUGAACAUGUACGCCAUGUUGACUGGGACCCUGCCUUUCACGGUGGAGCCUUUUAGCCUGAGGGCUUUGUACCAGAAGAUGGUGGACAAGGAAAUGAACCCGCUCCCUACCCAGCUCUCCACAGGAGCCAUCAACUUCCUGCGCUCUCUCCUGGAACCAGAUCCCGUGAAGAGGCCCAACAUUCAGCAAGCACUGGCAAACCGCUGGCUCAAUGAGAAUUACACGGGCAAAGUGCCGUGUAAUGUCACCUACCCCAACAGGAUUUCCCUGGAAGACCUGAGCCCCAGCGUGGUGCUGCACAUGACCGAGAAGCUAGGUUACAAGAACAGCGACGUGAUCAACACUGUGCUUUCCAACCGGGCCUGCCACAUCCUCGCCAUCUACUUCCUCUUAAACAAGAAACUCGAGCGCUAUCUGUCAGGGAAAUCCGACAUCCAGGACAGCGUCUGCUACAAGACCCAGCUCUACCAGAUAGAAAAGUGCAGGCCCACCAAAGAGCCCUAUGAGGCCUCCCUGGACACCUGGACAAGAGACUUUGAAUUCCAUGCUGUGCAGGAUAAAAAGCCCAAAGAACAGGAAAAAAGAGGGGAUUUUCUUCAUCGGCCGUUUUCCAAGAAGCUGGAUAAGAGCCUGCCCUCGCACAGACAGCCCUCGGCCUCGCUCGUCACGCAGAUUCAGGACGCCAAGGCCCUGCUGAAGGACCGCAAGGCCCCCAAGUCUGGCUUCCCCGACAGAGAUUCCUUUGGCUGCCGCAAUAUUUUCCGCAAAACCUCAGACUCCAAUUGUGUGGCUUCUUCUUCCAUGGAGUUCAUCCCCGUGCCACCUCCCAGGACCCCCAGGAUUGUCAAGAAACUGGAGCCCCCUCAGCCAGGGCCUGGAAGCACCGGAAUCCCCCCCAAGGAAGACCCCCUGAUGCUGGACAUGGUGCGCUCCUUUGAGUCUGUUGAUCGCGAUGACCAGAUAGACCUGCUUUCCCCGUCCCAUCACUAUAGAAUUCUAAACUCUCCCGUGGGCUUGGCUCGCGGAAAUCCCAGCGAGCGGACGCUCUCCCCGGUUCUGCUGCCCGGAAGCCCAUCACCUCUCCAAACUCCUUUGCAUCCCACUCUCGUCUCCUUUGCUCACGAAGAUAAGAACAGCCCCCCAAAAGAGGAGGGCGUGUGUUCCCCACCUCCGGUUCCCAGUCACAGAACCACGCAGCCUCUGGGGAGCCCGAAUUGUGUGAAGAGCCGAGGCAGGUUCCCCAUGAUGGGCAUCGGACAGAUGUUGAGGAAGCGGCAUCAGAGCCUGCAGCCCUCGGCGGACAGGCCCCUGGAGGCCAGCAUGCCCCCGCUGCAGCCCAUGGCCCCCGUGAGCCUCUCCUUUGACAUGGCUGACGGGGUCAAAGGCCAGUGUUAGUCUGGGCCAGCGGCAGGAUUCUGGGUUCUUCUAAAGGAGGUGAUGGAAUAGAGCUCCACACAUCUGUCAGGGUGUGAAGAUUCCAUGGCCUCAUCUUCUCCUGCCGUGCAACGUCCCAACUGUGGAACAGCUGAAAUCCACAAAUCCAAAGCCUAUACAACCCAGUCCCGCGUAGGGACCGCCAGAGAUGCUGGAAUCCACUAGAAGCGUUGGCUGCGGGUGCAGCCGGUUCCAAUCAUUCAUGUCAUUCUUCCUCCCUCCUACUCACCCGCCCUCUGCCCACCUCCCUCAGCUGGGCUCCGGG